AUGUCAAAUAUGCCUCUAACUAUCCCAGGUUUUCCGCACCCUGAUAUUAAUAACGAGCGCGAGGUCGAGGUCCUGCAGUUUGUUGAGGUUCCCAAGAGAAGUUGGAAUGACGCCAACGAGGUUGCAUUGGGUAAGCCAGAGAACCUCGAGGUUGGUAAGAAGAUUGGAGACGAGGGAGAGGACUUGGAGGUUCUGGAAGGUUCCGAAGGAGUCCGGGAUGGGGCCGGAGAAGUUGUUGCCGGUGAGGUCGAGGUAGCGGAGGUUGGGGAGGAGCGGGAGCGUGGCGGGGAGGAGACCGGUGAGGAGGUUCCGGGAGAGGUCGAGGAGGUUGGGGAGACGACGGAGAACGUUGACGAGGAAUGGGUCUCCGAUGUUGGUGUCCAACAGGUCCAAUCGUCGUUACGAGUAUGGGUUGCCGGCACAGUCACUCCAUACCGGUUGCAAGGGUCGGCGUCCCUUGAGUUCCACGACGAGAGAGACGCGUCUGGCAUGUAUUUGUUGACUCCAACUUUUGAAAAGAGAGGAUUAAAAGGAAAUAAAAUGGAAGAAGAUGGGAAGGAAGAAGAGAGUAGAGAUAAGUAUAAUCUCAACAAAAAGCAUCUACAUGCGUGUUAUCCAUUUUGCCUUUGCCUUUGA